AUGGAAGAAGAUGCUUCGAGCAUGAUUUCAUGUGCCAAAAUGAAUGUGGUUGAAGAAACUUCAGAUUCAAACAACACUAUUUACACAUUGCAGCCAAGCAACAAGCGCAUGAGAGUAGCACAUGACAGCAACACCUCCUUCGCAAAAUUUAAAGGUGUCGUGCCUCAGCACAAUGGACAUUGGGGUGCACAAAUAUAUGCUAACCAUCAGAGGAUUUGGCUAGGCACAUUUAGAUCAGAAAAGGAAGCAGCCAUGGCUUAUGAUAGCGCUGCAAUCAAGCUUCGGAGUGGGGACUCACACAGAAACUUUCCAUGGACAGAACAGACUGCUCAAGAGCCAAAGUUCCAGACCCAUUACAGCUCAGAAGCUGUGUUAAACAUGAUUAGGGAUGGGUCCUAUCCCUCCAAAUUUGCUGCUUUUCUUCGUACACAAUCUCAAAGCAACGAAAUUGGAAUCAGUCUCAAGCAAACAAGGAUAGUGCAUGGAGAUGGACAGUUUUCAUGCAGCAAACUUUUUCUAAAGGAAUUGACACCAAGCGAUGUGGGUAAGCUUAAUAGACUUGUCAUCCCAAAAAAAUACGCAAUCAGGUAUUUUCCUUACAUUUGCGAAAGUACUGUGGAAGAUAACAAAGAUGGUGAUAAUUGCGGCGCUGCCGUAGAUGAUGUCGAGUUGGUAUUCUACGACAAGCAAAUGAAGUCGUGGAAAUUUCGAUAUUGCUAUUGGAGGAGUAGCCAAAGUUUUGUAUUCACAAGAGGCUGGAAUAAAUUCGUGAAGGAAAAGAAAUUGAAGGCGAAUGAUAUCAUCACAUUUUAUACAUGUGAAAGUGCCGAUAAGGCAAAAGAGGGUGAAACAUUUUGUUUGAUAGAUAUAAUUUAUAAUGGGGAAGGAACAAAGAAUUGUUUGGUUGAGGGGAUGGAUGAUCAUGAGGCGCAGGUGGAAUUAGAAUUAAACUUGGGCAAAAGAAAUAUUGUUAGCUACAAAAAUAUAAGCGACGACGAGUACAAAAGAUCUAAUAAGGAAGAAAAGGUACUGAUGAUGAGUGGAUCAGUCGUGGAUAUAACCCACAAUCAUGUGGAUAAAAAAGGUAUUAGGCUUUUUGGUGUACAUAUUAUUGGAGAUAAUAUCAUUUGA